CGGUUCUGGCGAGACCCACUGGCCGGGAGCAAAGCGCAUAGCCGGGUGGGCUGAGGGGCGGCGGCGGCCCCAGAGCAGCGGAAGUUUUGGCGACCGCUGGCACUACUACGAUCGGGAGCCAGGCUGAAGCUCAGAGGACCAGCGAGCGGGCGGACCGGUUUACGGACGCCCGUGGGCCCGCUGCCACCAUCUCGCGUCCUCUUGCCUGGAAAAGCAUUUAAGCUUUUAAAAUGUCAUCUAUCAAGCACUUAGUUUAUGCAGUUAUUCGUUUCUUACGGGAACAAAGUCAGAUGGAUGCUUAUACUUCGGAUGAACAAGAAAGUUUGGAAGUUGCAAUUCAGUGCUUGGAGACAGUUUUUAAAAUCAGCCCAGAAGAUACUCAUCUUGCAGUUUCACAGCCUUUGACAGAAAUGUUCAGCAAUUCCUUCUGUAAGAAUGAUAUUUUGCCUCUCUCAAACUCAGUGCCUGAAGACGUGGGAAAAGCUGACCAAUUAAAAGAUGAAGGCAAUAACCACAUGAAAGAAGAAAAUUAUGCUGCUGCCGUGGAUUGUUACACACAGGCCAUAGAACUGGAUCCAAAUAAUGCAGUUUAUUAUUGCAACAGGGCUGCUGCUCAGAGUAAAUUAGGUCACUACACAGAUGCAAUAAAGGAUUGUGAGAAGGCAAUAGCAAUCGAUUCAAAGUACAGCAAGGCCUAUGGGAGAAUGGGACUGGCCCUCACUGCCAUAAAUAAAUUCGAAGAAGCAGUUACAAGUUAUCAAAAGGCAUUAGAUCUUGACCCUGAAAAUGAUUCUUACAAGUCAAAUCUGAAAAUAGCAGAACAGAAGUUAAGAGAGGUAUCUAGUCCUACAGGAACUGGAUUGAGCUUUGACAUGGCUAGCUUAAUAAAUAAUCCAGCCUUCAUUAGUAUGGCAGCAAGUUUAAUGCAGAAUCCUCAAGUUCAGCAGCUAAUGUCAGGAAUGAUGACAAAUGCCAUUGGGGGACCUGCUGCUGGAGUUGGAGGCCUAACUGACCUGUCUAGCCUCAUCCAAGCGGGACAGCAGUUUGCUCAGCAGAUACAGCAACAGAAUCCUGAACUUAUAGAGCAACUUAGAAAUCACAUCCGGAGCAGAUCAUUCAGCAGCAGUACUGAAGAACAUUCCUGACUUGACCAGGGACCCUAGCCCAGAGCACAAAUGAUUAUGGCUCUUAAAUGUUUGCUGUAGAUAGUGGCCAAAACAAAGACACCUAAAGAAUCAAUCUGUCUAGAUGAUAGGUUUAUCAUAAACAGACUUGAACAUGACUCCUUUGUAAACAAAUGAUCAUUAGCCCUGUUGAGUGCCAGUAUAGUACUGAACAGGGUUCCAUUUUCAAAUCAAAUCAUCAUCAUCAUAUUUGUAUAUUAGACCUAAUAGCAGAGUAUAUUUAUUGAACAGUAGCGCUGUGUAUUGGCAAGUUCUCUAGCUCCAAAUUCCCUUAAGCAGACUUUUUUGAAAGAUGGGGAUGACCAAGAGGAAAGGUUUCUCAUGCUGAUUCAGGAGAAAUAUACAGCCAUGGAACAGCAUGUUUGGAGAGAAGAAAUUUGUUGCCUAGUUUUAGCUCUGAUAGUGCUAUCAGUACUGAAUAUCUAUCACAGGGGCCAGUACUGUCCUUAAUGCUGCUUGCUCUGAUGCGGAACAAGGAAUACUAAGAGCUGGUGAGAAGCAGCAUUUGGUGCAAGGGCUGUUUUGAAAUGAAAAAUAGAUGCUGUGAAUGUACAGAAGGUGAAAGUAGGAUGUUCAGGUUGUUUGCAUAGUUCUUAACCAAUCUUGCCUGCAGUUUGAUCUUGAUAACGUUAGCAUGGCCAAUUACUCUAAGUACAUAAUCAAAUACAUUUAGAAAUCCUUAAUGGUACUGGUUAGGUCCAUUGUAUAACUAUUCAAUUUAACUAGCACAAUUUCCCCAAUGGUGACCUUACCAUGGAAACUCUUAAAUAUAUUUACAUUUAAAUAAGCCAGUGGGUUGAUUCUCAAGUUAAGGAUUUUCUAAGUGGCAUUUAAUUAUGUGCCUAUAAAUACUGAUUUUUUAAAACUAAUUAUUUGAUGGCUUAUAAAAAGCUUCUAUCACUAACAUUGCUUGUUCAUAAAAACCUUUGCUAUAAUUUGGCUUGGCAUGUUGCUUUUAUGCUUCAUCUUAAUUUGAUGCAAUGUAAACAUAACAGGGGACUUAAAAUAUUUUAUGGACAUCAGAUCAUAGUAGUUAAUGAAGAGAUAUGGCAUUAAGUAUUAAUGGCAUGACUCUACAGUGAUGAGAGACCAUUUUAACUAGAAUUUUUGUUAAUUAUGAAAUUGGUAAAGUUGGGUGAACCCAUAAUCAUUUCACAAGUGUUGUGAGAGAAAACUGAAAAAUUAAUAUAAAAUUAACUCAGUAAUACUCAUGAUGAUGAAGGCCUUACUAUAACUGUUCUCCUCAAAAGACUAAUAAUGUGGUAUCUACAAGGUUAAAAAUCAACUCUUCCUUUCUUCCUCUUGUGAGAUUAGAACAGUGGUUCUGUAAUUUCACUGUAAGAAUUAAAAAUGCAGAUCCAGAGCCACACUUUCCAUUUUUAUUUAAUAGGUCCUAUAGUAACGCCUAGGAAUCACCAUUUUAAACAGCAUCCUACACGGUUCUGAUGUAGGUCUAAGGACUCUAAUUUAGAGUAACGGUAAGUUAGAGAUUUCUCCUCAGACCAGCAAAUACCUCACUCCCUGUGCUCAGCUUACAGGGAAAACCCAUAGGAAUCUACAGUCUGGCCAGAAAAGAGCAGGACUUAAAUUUUAGGCCCUCUGAAUUCAAUAUCCUGUAUUCCAUUUAAACCAACUUUAUUGUUCAUGAGGUUAAAUUCAACUCCUAGUGUUCAAGCAUAAUACAGAAUGAAGUACUAACUAUUCACAUGAAAGGACUGUGCUGAAAACAAAAGUGAAACCUGAUCCACAAUUAAAAAUUAUUUACUCUUGGGGUACUUGGCUGGCUGAGUCCCUACAGCAUGUGACUCUUGAUCUCAGGAUCAUGAGUUCAAGCCCCACGUUGGGUAUAGAGCUUACUUAAUUAAAAAUAGCUACUCUUAUCCAGUGGUAAGAGAAAGUUUCUAGCAAAACUAUCUUGAGUAUAUUAAAAUGCUUUUAGAUCAGUAAAACUGGUAAGCCUUUAGUUGACUAUGAAAAUCGAGAAAAUGCAAAUCAACAGUACCAAAAGUGAAAGAGGGAAUAUCACUGCAGCCCUCCAGACUUUAAAGGGUAAUCAGAAAAUACAGUGACCAACUCUAGGCCUAUAUAUUGGACAACUUACAUUAAACACACAAAUUCCCUGUAAGAUAAAAGCUACCAAAGCUCAGUAAGGAAAUAGAUAAAUCCCCCAGCAGAGCAAGCUAUAGGCCCAGAUGAUUCCAAUGGUAAAUUUUGCCAAACACUUAAUGGAAGCAAUACUAUCAAUUCUACACUAUCAGAAAACAGAAAAAGAGAAAACACUUCUGACUCAUUUUAUUUAGCUAUUACUAUUACUCUGAUACCAAAAUCAGACCAAGGCAUUAUAAGGAAAACCAUUUUAAAACAAUGUCUUGAUUUGCUAAUAUCUUUAGCUGGGACAGCCAUUCUUUUACAUGAAGAGCUGGUGUAUUUCUUCCAUUUCAACUUUCUGAUCUGUUUCUUGGCUGUUAUACCACCUAUAACAAAUUCACUGUAAGUAUCUGUCCACUUACCUGGAUUUUUGCUCUCUAGAUACCUUCAUCACUUUGGAAUCAUUGCAUUGCAAAUUAUUUCAAGAAAGUUUUGUGUCAUUGGACUGUGCUAAGAAAUUAUAAGGAAUGCCCCAAAUACUAUACUGGCUGGUGUGGAACAAGAAAACAUUGAAUCUUUAUAUACAUUCCCCUUAGGAAUGACUGGCUUCCAUUAACCACAUUUCAUUGUUGUAGCUAUAGCAGUUAUGAUGCUAUAUAAAACCUAAAAGGUCCUUUUUAUGCAAAUGACAUUUUCAUUUAAUAUACCAAAUUGUUUACCUAAUUUUUAUAAUAUGAUUUAAACAGAUCCCUUCCAAGAUGACAUUAUCUAACCUUUACUUAAGGAAUGGACGAUGUUUAUCAUAAAAAGAGAGUUUAUAAUUAGAUCAAAUUAUAUAGCAGAUUCCAAAAGACCAUUAUAUGUUACUUUUAAAAUCUGGAACAAUGAAACACAAGGUUCAGUCAUGAGAGGAUACUUGAAAAGCAAUCAAAAUACACAGUGACUAUCAAGACUUAUCAUUUAAUCAGUCUUACUCAUUCUGGAAGACAGAGUUCAACUUUACACUGCUUUUACUUUAUUUUGCACAGAUUUCAUUAUUAGUGCAACUUAAGGGGCAAAUCUCAUUCUGAAUAUAGCUUUCACUUUGGACCAAAUAAUUUGUCAUGGCAAUAAAUAAUUAUGCAUUUAAGAAAAACAAA